AUGCCUUCUAACACAGGAAACCGUGUGGGCAAGGUUCCACUGUUGGGCGUGGAUCUUGUCCAGACUGACUCUAGCUUGUCGAGUGACGAGUUUGAGAGGGACGCACUCGUUACGAAAAUGUGCAAAAGUCUUCUAGAGCCGGACGUGCUUGCUGAAACGAAGGCACAUUCGUCUGAAACCGCCCCGACACAGCAAACUAAUACACAUGCGUUUUUACCAUGUAGGAUUGGCAACGCGGACCUCCUCGUACUACACCGCGUUCUCGUGACCCUCUACACCGAUCAAAUCAUCGCCACCGUUUUCAAUAUUAAAGGGAGGCUUCGAGAAUUUGGAUGCUCCCACAUAGUAAAUACUAAUUUUAUUGCAAUAUACGCUCUGUUCCCGACCCUUUACCGUAUCGAGUGGUUGCCGCAGCAAGGCGAACGUGCUGUAUUCUUCACGAUUGAUCCCCCAAACGCAAAGGGGUGGAUAGACAUAAACGACCCUCAUGACCGUUACCCCCCCUCGAUGUGGACCGCGUUCAGCAACUUCCUGUACGAUAAGUUCUUGCUCUCCUCUGCUCCGAACGGAAUUGGCGGUGGCCGGUAUGGUUUGGCCAAGUAUUUGCAACAGCUGGGCUUGCCAUUUUUCAAAGGAUUUUCGCUGGGUCAAUUGUGUCACGUGGUUCAGCUUGCCAUUUCUCACAAGUUCCUGCUGGCAUACGAAGAUAAUGUCCUCAAACCAGUCACAGCCUGUGCCGUCUUUGCCAAUGCUCUUCUCGGCCUUCCAGAUGCAAAGCGACGUGGAAAGAAGUGCAUAACAGACAUUAGGGAGAUCCAAUACUGUAUUGACUACUUGCUUCAGAUGUAUCCCUCAGGAUUCACUUUGUCGACGCUGAAGCGAAAACUGAAAGACCUAUACGGCCGCGAACUCUGCCAGACGGUUUUCCACUGCGCGAAGCUGGUCGACUUGAUGAACCUGCCAGAACUCCGCGAAGUAUGCCGCAUUGCAAAGGAUGCAAGGCAUAUCAAAGUGGUGCCGCCAGAGAUUUCGACAGCACCCGACCAGCCAAUAGGACGAACAUUCAGCAUCCCUUCGCUGCCUCCUCCGCCACCGCCUCCUCAAAACUGUACAGGAACAAACGAACAACUGACAGACAUGGCAGUCUGGUGA